UACAAGUGAUUUAAUGUGUUUGCUGUUGUUUUUAUUGACAACAUUGAUGGAAUCUACUAUUUAUAUAAUAAUGUCAUGGUCCGGAGGAGAAGCGUAUCUUCCUAUAUUCAAUUCACCGAGCUGCAGGUAUCCUCUGACUGUUCUGGUCCUGUCAGAUGAGCUGAACCGGGUGCUGACCAUCCAGUGCGCUGAGAGGGGGUCGCUGCUGCUGAGGGUCAGAGAUCAGGUCCAGAAGACCUUCACCGCCUACCAGACGCUGUAUGAGAGCGCCAUGUUUUUUGGAGUGAGGAAAACACUGCUGGCUGAGGUGGACAUGAUUGACAGGAGGAGAACUAGUUCUGAAGUGGAGGAGGAGACACCACACCUGAGGAAGCGAGUGAAGGAACUGAGAGCGGACACUGAAGCUGCUGAAGAGAGCGACGGCGAGAGGAGGCGGGCGGAGAAUGAGGAGCGCCAGGAGGAGAUCGAGAUGCUGAAGGGUCUCAACCAGCAGCUCAAGAUGACGUUUCUUUUUAACACAACAAAGAAGAUUCGAAAAUUAUAG